CUCUCCCUCUUCUCCCCCCUCACCCACCCUAUCCUCUCUCGCUUGACGGGAAAGACGGGGGGUUGACCUAGGUAGGGCAAAUAGCGGGGGGGUGCUCUGCCUUUUCCAGGCCAGCGACCAAAGAUUGCUACCAAGCUAGCAUCUACGAUCAAGGGGACCACGACUGGAGACUGGGGAAGAAUGGGGAAAAUGGGGAAGGAAGGACGGGAAACGGGACUGGAAAAGAUGGGGGAGGUACCUACCUCUUAGCUAUGCUCACAUGACUGACUCACUGCUUUUAGCUCAGUUGCUGGUGGGCUUGGAAAUAUUACACAUGUACGGGUACGGAGACUCCGUCUGCUCCUGCAUGCAAACUAGCCAAGAAAAGUCGACAACCACCUCGUGCAUACUGUAUAUCAAUGUCCCCAUUCACUCUACGACACAGGCGCACGUCGUCCAACUGUCGGGGAGACCGGAAGAAGAGAAAGAAGGGGGGGUUACGAAGAUGGUCUUGGCCCAACCCUCCCCUACUCAACACUUCUGUAUUGGCCUAGACUUGUAUUGCAGCUAGUGUACAACAGCCAAACUCAACAACAUGGAAUUGUUCUUGGCUAUUCUUGGCAGCAAGAAACGCCUUUUCCCUCUUCCACACUUGAUUUCCCGGACUCCGAUGUUGUCUUGGCUGUCCGGCGAGCUCGGGGCCAA